CGUUCUGUGGUUAAUCCAAGAUGAAAACACGAGACUUGACUCGCAAACAAAAUGAUUUGAGACUCAUAAGCAAUUUGAAUUGAGACUUGACGUCGACAAAAAAUUAGAUACUUGUGAAUAACACACAUAUUUAGACCUAAAGGGAAUUAUUUCAAUCCAAAUGGAGUUUAUAGUGUAUUGUGGCGCAACUUUGCUCUAAAUCUGAAGGAAGAAAAAACAUAACUUAAGACUUAUGAUCGACAUGAAGCCGCAUUGACAGACUGAUGACAGCUGACAGCCGCGCGAAGGUUCAAGGGCGAUCAAGUGCCAGGGAUUUCAGAGCCCUACAGGCCGCUGCAGGGAUGGAUGGCGAUGCUCAUUGCCGACCGCCUGACCGAAGGUAAACCGAGAUCAUCGAAAAACAAAGCAGCUCCUCCACCUCCUGUCCUGAAAGGUCUGGAUGCUUCACUGCUGAGCCACAAGCUCCCAGUGUGCCCUCACCCUGCCAUGGAGCAGAAGGAGAACCUGCUGGAGCAGGACCUGACUCUCACCGUGGUCCUUCCUGAAGGGCUGGAGAAGACCACGGUCGUCCACGGCAGCCAGCCCAUGAUGGACCUGCUGGUCAUGCUUUGUGCAAAAUACCACCUGAACCCAUCUGGCCACACCAUAGAGCUCGUCACCACCAACAGAAACCAUGUGAAGUUCAAACCCAACGCCCUCAUCGGAGCGCUAGAGGCUGAGAAGAUCCUGCUGAAACCUAAAGGCAUGGAGGACAAAAGCAAAAAGACAGGACCCCAGAUGCCUGAGGCAACCGUACGAUUAGUAAUCGACUACAAGAAAACCCAGAAAACCAUUCUCAGGGUGAGUCCUCGGGUUCCUCUACGAGAACUGCUUCCGGCGAUCUGCGAGAAAUGUGAAUUCGACCCGCAGACCACAGUUUUAUCACGAAACGUCCACUCUGAAGACACUUUGGACCUGAGCGGCUCCCUCAAUGAUUUUGGCCUGAGGGAAGUGUAUGCGAGAGAGACCAAAGUUAUCAGCCCUGUGAGUCCUAUUAGUCCAGUAAGUCUGCCUCCAUCUCCGACUCACUCAGAAGUAUUUCAUCACGGGAAAGAGAAAAUCCAGAAGGAGAAAGAAAAGAGGCGAUUCAGCUUAUUUCGUAAAGGAAGUAAGAAGCAAUCCGAACAGUCUAUGACCGUGAGUGCACCAGCAUCUCCAGUGCUCAGGAAGCAGAGGCCCGUCAGCUUGAGUUCCUUUAGCGCACAUUCGCCCAUUACAUACGACUCCAACACCAUGCCCUCCGAUAUGCCAAAGAAAAGACGAGCGCCAUUGCCGCCGAACAUGAUGUCACAGAGCAUGCCUACUGACCUCGGUUAUCAAACUGCUGUGCAACCCGAUGGCAACCAGAAUAUGACCCCUUUGAGCCGGGGGUCCUCGACAGAGUCGUCCUUCAAGAAGUCCACCAAGCGGAAGGCCCCUCCGCCCCCCACAUCGAGCAGCGCAGCCCCUCCUGAUGAAACCACACAGGACAGAGGCAUCACAGAAGUGGCUUUGGCGUCUCCUCUGGAGGAGAUCAGGGAACAGGAGGAGAUCAAUGUGAGAGCAGAAGGUCAGGUGGCCGCUGUGGAGGAGGAGGAGGAGGAGGAAGAGGAAGACAGCAGCCUCAACUUGUCUGCCGACAUCUCUCUGGACUCGGGCCGCGCUGGGACGCCAUCUCCCUCUCAGGAGGCAGAGAUUCUGGGAAGUGGGGUGGCCAGAGACAGUCCGUCAUGUGACCAGUCCACUGAUGCAGAAGUUGCAGAAGCCAUAGUGAAUGGAGAGAUUAAGUCGGAGCAGGCCACAAGCUCUCAUAUCCCUUCAGAAGAGAUAGUGCCUCCAACGGAAAAAACAGAAGAGGUGAUGAAAAGUGGCCCUGUUCUGGAGGAGGUUUCUGUGAGUGCCACAGAAAAGCCUGCAUCUUUGUUCAACGAGCUGCAAACCACUGAAUGCGGCAUCCAGACGUCGCAUACGGAUUUGCAAGCACAGGGCACCGAGUCCAUCCUCGAAGACCAAGCGCCUAAAACCACCCCGAAUUCGGUCAGCAUUGCUCACACCGAAACUCAAACGCAGAUGGAGUCCCAGAAACCCUCCACUGAGCCAUCGAGCUCAUGCACUGAACCCUCCACAGCUCCAUCGGAGUCCUCAACGGGCCUAAAAAGAGACAUGGCCACUUCUACAGAAGAGCUGCGUCUUCCUGAACCACCGUUGCCUGCGAUCCAACCAACUAAGGAUCUUACGUCCACACCAACCUCUAAAACAAAUACUGUAAAGCAUAUCGUAGAUGCAGAACCCAAACCCAAACCGUCCAAUGAGCUCACCCGUGAAUACAUUCCCAAAGUGGGCAUGACCACCUACACCAUCGUGCCUCAGAAGUCUCUCGAAAAGCUGCGUUUCUUUGAAGUAGAGUUAACUUUGGAGCCCAAUGUAGAAUACAAGCCUGAAACAAAAGCAGUUUCCAAUGGUACAGUCGCUGCUAACGGCCAUCAGAACGUCUUUGCAGAAACUAGUCCUUGUACUUCACCUCUAGCUACCAUUUCAUCCCCUGUAGAAGGAACUGAAUGCAAGAAAGUUCCACCGGCAACAAGACCCAAACCAGCUUCUUUCCGCCUGCCGCAGCACAAACGAACACCCGGGGAUUAUGUAACCUCGGCGGUCGUUCGCCGAGCGAGUGUGGGCAGUAAUAGCAGCAGCAGCAGUUGUAGCAGUCCUGUGACCCGGCCCAAAGAAACUGCAAGCAGCCCGCAAUCAGAUGUGUUUCCUGCACUGGACACCUUCCCUCCUCCACAGUUGCAAAGGGAAGCUGAGGAGAACGCUAGAGCCAGUGAUGCACCUGCAACGGUGGAUGUGCCUCUACCCGAAGCUCCCAAAUUCCCAGCGACCUCUGUAGUGUCUCGACAGAAGAGUCUUCCCACAAACCCCACACAUUCGCUGAGUCUAGAGAAGCUGAGAAGCUUCGCCGCUCCCAAACCGUACUCGCCCUCUUCGCCCUCUCGUUUCGCUCAGGCCGUGUCUUCUGCAGUGAAGAGGUCACAGUCGCUUUCCCAUCAACCCCUGGGGCAGUUACCACGCACACAUCUUCUCACAAAACAGAGAUCCAUUACGGAGUCCCCUGAGCCGCCGGCCAGCACUGUGACAGACAAUGGAGAAGGACGCACAGAGAGAUCCGGAGAGGCCCCAUGGCAAACAGCAGGCCACGGCGGCCAAGCGCCGAGCUCCACCCGAGACGGAGGCAUGGGAACAUGUAAGAUUGGAAAUACUCAACCGUCACCAGGGUCUGAAGCAUCUUUAGUGCCGUCUGCCACAUUGAAGGGAAUGUCUGAAGUCUUUCAUUCAGUGGAAGAAUGAAAUGUGCCUCCUUUGACGGAAUUCCAGUGACACUCGUUCUCAAACAUUCAAGAGUAGAUCUUCUGUCUCUGUUCCAAUUGUUUUUUUUUUUUUUUUUUUGCAUAAUCAUGAUUUUAGGUUUCUCACCGGUCAGAACUGUGCACUUUUACCAUUAAAGUGUACUUAUCAUUCACUUUUUUUUUUUGCUUUUUCCCUAACACAGCAGUUUUUAAUUAGCCACAACAUGCCUUAA